AUGACCACAAUAUCCUUCGACUCCCUCCUACUCCGCAAAGAUGGAACACCAGGCAACGCAUGGGGUCGUUUUGGCAAUGAUGAUGAACUCGGAACAUUGAACUUGCUCACACCAAAAGUCACAGCCGAAGCCGCAAAGGAGAUCGUCGAAGGGGUUCGGGUAUCCGUCGACUGGCCCCUUGAUACCUUUGUUGUUGCCGCUGACGAGUGUCGUAUUGUAUGGGUUGAGAACGGUGGCAUCGUCGGUCGUGGCGUGUUACUCGACUAUGUCUCCUACGCCGAAAGCAAAAACAUCCCCAUCGAUUGCUUUUCCACUACAUCAAUCUCACCCUCUGUCCUGAGAGAAAUUGCAUCUGUCCAAGGUACAAUCUUUCGUCCUGGUGAUAUACUUUUCGUCCGUACCGGCUGGACAGAAGCCUAUGGCCGCAUGACACGAGCCGAACAGGAGCAACUAGCAGCAACAUACCCGCCACCAGCAAUUGGGUUGGAAUCUUCAAAGGAAACUCUACGAUGGAUCUGGGAUAAUCAAUUUGCGGCUGUUGUUGGCGAUCAGCCCAGUUUUGAGGCGUGGCCGUGCCAGAAUACGGAUUUUAUGCUGCACGAGUGGUUAUUGGCAGGAUGGGGAACGCCGAUUGGGGAGUUGUUUGAUUUGAAGCAGUUGAGCGAGGAGUGUCAGAAGAGGAAGAGAUGGUCGUUUUUCUUUAGUAGUAUGCCAUUGAGGGUCCCUGGUGGUGUAGCUAGUCCUCCGAAUGGAGUUGCAAUUUUUUAA